AUGUCUGCGCCAGGCGGGGCCCCCAGCCCUGCUCCCCGAAGUGGAAGCAUGGGGCCCGGUGGUGGCAUGUCUAUGCCUCCUCAGCAGCCCAUGACCAACGCCGGGCCUGUCACUCCGGGUCCUCCUGCGCCUCCGCCGCCGCCUCCCGGUGGUCCGAUGUCGCAGCAGAACCUCAAUCAAAUAGUCAUCGAUUAUCUUGCGAAGAAGGGCUAUAGUCGUACGGAGGCUAUGCUACGUAUUGAGUCGGCACAUCAAGAAAUCGAUGGCCGUCCUCCUAUGCCCCCUCUUGGCGAAGAUGCACGACCCAAGUACAGGAUGGGAUUUGACUUGCUCAAGGUUUGGGUUGAAGACAACUUGGAUCUUUAUAAGCCUGAACUGAGACGUGUCCUCUGGCCGCUAUUCGUGUACACCUUCAUCAACAUGGUGUCUUCUUUCAAGCCGCAGGAUGCCAAGCAGUUCUUUGAUCUGAACAAGAACCUCUUCUUGCCUGAGCACACAGAAGAUGUGCGGGCUUUGGAGCCAAUCAGCUUGCCAGAGCAUGUGCAAGCUAAUUCAACCGCCAAGUUAUAUCGUACAAACAAGUACCGUUUGGUUCUCAGCAACCCCGCCUUUUCGAACCUCAUGCAGUUCCUGGAAAGCAAGCAGAAAGAGGGUGGCUCAGAUAUGACUGCCAUCCUAAGCAGUUAUUGUACUAUCAUCACCAAAGAGCGUACCGCGGACGAUAGAUUUAGUUUUGCUGCGAUGCUGGGUCAAACAGACGGUCAGACAUUCCCCAGUGAAGAUGAAGGCAUUCCUGGGCACCACCCUGGCUCUGCAUACACCGGAGACAACCCGAACAUGGCGGGAACUCUACCCAGGCUUAAGCUAGGAAAGCUCCCUCUGGAGCAAGCCCUCGAGACAGAUGUUAGGGGCGAGCUGGCGGAUGAGGAUGCGAAGAACCCUCCAGGCCCAGGUCAGAACACUCUGAUCCAAGAGUUUGACCAGAUGAUCAAGAAGGAAGAGGAUGAAGAAGCUCCAACUCGUGCUGAUAUCCCCUAUCCUCCGUCAACUGCUCGAGAUGUGGCUAUAGAGAUUCAGAAGGUUAAGGAGAACCGCGACAGGUUCAGGAUUGAGGGCAGAACUGGUGGCGUGGGUCCCGCUGUGAGCGUCUGCAUGUUCACCUUCCACAACACUUAUGAUGGAAUCAACUGUUUGGACUUUUCGGAUGAUCUUAUGCUUGUCGCAGCUGGUAUGCAAGAGUCAUACAUCCGGGUCUGGAGCAUGGAUGGCAAGAAAAUCCAAUCGACCUACGACAAUGUGGAUGAUACUCCACCUUCGAACUCCCGUCGUCUAAUCGGUCACUCCGGACCGGUCUAUUCAGUGGCAUUUGCACCAUCGAUUACCAAGACGGACAAUGCUGUCGCCCCGACGAACGCUCGCUGGCUGCUUUCGUCGUCUGCAGAUAAGACCAUCCGUCUCUGGUCCUUAGACCUUUGGCAGUGCAUGGUGGUCUACAAGGGCCAUGACCAGCCGGUUUGGGACCUUCAGUGGGGCCCCUACGGCCAUUACUUCGUUUCUGGCGGACACGACAAGACUGCCCGCCUGUGGGUUACGGAUCACAUCCGCCAACAGCGCAUCUUUGUCGGUCACGACCAAGAUGUUGACUGCAUCUGCUUCCACCCCAACUCGGCGUACGUCUUCACCGGUAGCUCCGACCACACGGUCCGCAUGUGGGCCGUUACCACGGGAAAUGCAGUCCGGAUGUUCACCGGACACACUGGCAACAUUACUGCUUUGGCAUGCAGCCGCGAUGGAAAGCUCCUCGCAUCCGCAGAUGACCAAGGAUCCAUCCUACUGUGGGACCUGGCUCCUGGCCGACUACUGAAGCGCAUGCGUGGUCACGGAAAGGGCGGAAUUUGGUCCCUGAGCUGGAGCGUCGAGUCAACCGUCCUAGUCUCCGGUGGUGCUGAUGGCACUGUCCGCGUGUGGGAUGUGACGGGCCCGGCUCAGGAUCCCUCCCAGGGCCGUGUCGUCGGCGAGGGCGGCGCCGGCACCAAGGUCGACGGCAGCAACCAGCCAGCACCCAGCACUACGCAAACCUCAAGUGCGGUCGCCCCGGGUAUGGGCAAGAAGAAGGGCAAGGAUGUCGUGGUGACGCCCGACCAGAUCAGCGCUUUUCCUACGAAGAAGAGCCCGGUCUACAAGGUGAAGUUUACGAUUAUGAAUUUGAUCAUUGCCGGGGGCGCCUAUCUUCCUUGA